AUCAAGAUGAUGUCGCCCCUGGCUAUCUUUGCGCUUCUCACGACUCUCGUCCCUUCGGUCAUCUCUGCACCUGCCUUACACGCUCGAGGGGUUAAUGUUGGAUGGCCAUACGGAUCGGAGAAGAUCAGAGGCAUCAAUAUUGGUGGUUGGCUGGUCCUCGAGCCAUGGAUCACACCAAGUCUCUUUGCUGCCACAGGCAACGACGCCAUCGUUGACGAGUGGACGUUCUGCUCCAUGCAAAAGUACCAAACUGCCUCGGCUGCGCUGAAGCAGCAUUGGGACACUUGGUACACCGAGAGUGACUUCCAAGCCAUUGCCGCGGCCGGUCUGAAUCACGUUCGAAUACCGAUCGGCUUCUGGGCCUACGAUAUCUCAGGAGGAGAGCCGUACAUCCAGGGCGCUGCCGCAUACCUGGACAACGCCAUUCAAUGGGCAAGGCAGAACAAUCUCAAAGUUCAGAUUGACCUGCAUGGUGCACCUGGCUCUCAGAACGGAUAUGACAACUCUGGACACAGAGGGGACGCCGAUUGGGCUGAUGCCUCCAAUAACAUUGCCCGGACUAAGGCGAUUCUCGGCCAACUGUCGCUCAAAUACUCUGACCCGUCCUACUACCAGGUUGUCACCAUGCUGGAGGCCUUGAAUGAGCCCGCUGGAUAUCUCAACUCAAAUCUGCUCAAUGCAUACCACCAAUUCGGGUACGACGCUUACGGUGCCAUUCGAUAUCCAUUCGGAAACUCGGAUGAAUCUGGUCUAGUCGUCGUCUUACAUGAUGCUUUCCAGGCCCCAAGCUACUUUGACAACUAUAUGCCGAGUCCCCAGUGGCAGGAUGUCAUCCUGGAUCACCACACGUAUACCAUCUUUGACAACAAUCAAGUGGCGCAGAGCCCGAAUCAGAGAUUCCAGCAAAUCUGCAACCAGGCCAGUUCAAUGACGAGCUCUCCUCUCUGGUACGUGGUGGGAGAAUGGUCACUUGCCUCAACCGAUUGCGCUCCCGCUAUCAACGGGCGAGGUGUCGGCGCACGCUAUGACGGGACAUAUCCUGGCUCAAGCUACGUCGGCAGCUGCAAUGGAAAGUCUGGUAACGGAUCUGACUUCACACACGAGUACAAAGUCUUUUUGCGCAAGUUCUGGGAAGUUCAAACUCAGGUCUAUGAGAACAACGGCCAAGGAUACAUCUACUGGCCAUGGAAGGCAGAGGAUGCCGCCGAUUGGUCGUACCAGGACGGAUUGGCUGGUGGAUGGAUCCCUCAAGACCCCACUCAGCACAUUUACUCCUUGGAUGAGCUGUGUCAGUAAACUGCUCCAAGCUCUAUAUCUCGUAGUUAGAAUCUCAGACAAAAUCAUAUGUCCUCGUUGUAGCUUACAUUGAUCAAUAUCAGCCUCGACAGAGGCAAGCAGCCCGCGUACACACCCAGACUCGCGGGGGACACCUUUCUUGCUGCUUGAUGGACUGGUCUGACAAGCAGAAUAAUGCAUCGGUGACAGUAUGACUAUGAUGAUCUGGGUACCUAUUUGGCCGACACUAUGGCGCCCGGUACCUUGCAGAUUGACUGCCCAUGGAUGAUCCCAUCUUCGCCGUGACCGACGAACCCGUCCACUACCCGAGCAUCCCCUGCAGAGACCUCGCUCGCGACACUGUGGUGAUCUCGAUGCAGCGUCGCGAAGGCUAGCACACCAGCUCUUGGUUCCGAGGUCUCGAUCGCUUGGGUCCGAUGUAGGAACUAUGUAAAAGCUCAAUCGAGAUCCAUAUCAUC